AUGCGGCUCUCGGCCAUCGUCCUCGGACUCCUCGCGCUGUCCGGGGCGAUCGCCCAGGAUACUGGCAACAACAACGAGGGUCAGGGCGGUAACAACGGCGGCAACGGAGGUAACAACAACGGAGGCAACAACCAGCCGAGCGCAAGUGCCAGCGCCAGCGCUAGCCGGAACAACAACAACGGGGGCGCUAGUGCGACCAGCUCGGUAAGCAGCCGGCCCAGCGGUAAUGCGACCAGCACCCUUCCCCCCGGCGCUGUUAUCACCACCGUCACAAGCGUCCUCAACGGCGGCAGCACCACGGCCACGUUUGCCUUCACCCUCACCCUCACUCCGCAGAAUGGCACCGUCGACAGCGGCGGCCUCAUGAACGGCACCCUGAACGGAACUGGCAUCUACGGCAACGGCACGAACGGCACCGCAAACGCGACUCAGCCGUGGAAUGACACUCUCGGAUACCUUCCCUUCACGCCCAAGCUCGACCCAGCGUACGGCGUCGCAGGCGCACUCAUGAUCUUGUCGGGCGUUCCCGUCGCAACGCUGGGCGGCAAGAACCGCUGGUCCGCUCUCGCGAUCAUCUCUGGCUACUCGGUUGCGCUUUUCAGUCUCGUCAUGAUCCUUGUUUCCCCCUCGUUGCAGCCGCCGUCGCCCGAUCCGCCGACCGCGGCCAUGCGCGGGCUCUACUGCUUGGCCGUGGGCAUAUCGUGUCUCAUCGGCGCCGGUAUCGGCAUCUUCUUCUACACAACGUCCAAGUACUGGGUCGGCGCGGCCGGCGGCUUCUGUGUCGGCUGGUUCCUGAUGGCGGUGAAGAAGGGCGGCCUCGUGUCCUCUGUUGGUGCGAGGUGGGGCAUCAUUGGCGGUCUCACGGCCGUCACGCUGCUUGCGACGCUCGCGCCCCCGCUGCACGAGUACGUAUUACUCGCUAGCAGUGCAUGGGUCGGCGCCACCGCCUUCAUGCUCGGUGUCGAUUGCUUCUCCCGCGUCGGCCUCAAGGAGUUUUACAUUUACAAUCUUGGCUACAGUAACCUGUUCCCCAGCUUGAACGGCCAAAAGUUCCCCCUGACGCAGUCGAUGCAGGUCGAGCUCGGCGCGCUCGCGGCCGCCGCGUUGAUUGCCGGCGCGAUCCAAUUCAAGGUCGUCGACAUUCUCUCCAAGCGCAGAAAGCAGCUCCGCGACGAGGAGGCUGCGCGCAUCGAAGCCGAGGAAGUCGCCCGUGCUGCCGAAAACUUCAAGAAUGUCGACGCCGAGCUCGCCGAGUGGGAGGGCCAGCACGGCGAUGGCGGGUCAACCACAAAGCUGUACAGCGAGAAGGACACGGACGAGUUUUCGUACAGACGACCUUCCCUCGGCCAGUUCCCGAGCACGACGCCGAUUCCCAACGCCAACCAGGUCAGCGCCAAACCGAAGCAAGACUAUCUUGCCGACUCGGCUGGCUACCAGCCCGUUCCCACAACCACCCGCCGUGUUAGUCUCAUGGAGGAGAUGGGCUUCGCUACAGAAGGAGGAACGAAGGAGAUCGAUCUCAGCGACCCGUGCCCGACCCCCGGCGAGAAGGGUCCUUCCUCGGAGAUUGGAGCUGGAGACGACCUCGACGAGAAGCUCAGGCUGCUGGCCGAGGUGCGCCGAGCCCGCCAGAGUAUUCGGUCUUCCAUGGACCAGCUCCGCUCGUCCAACAACAACACGCCCGGAUCUGUUGGCUCGCUCGGCGACCGUCCCCGCUCUUCCCUCGGCUUUGGCGAACGCUCACACACCCCCGCGCCCUCCGACCACCGCAGCCGGCACAACUCGGUUACUAGCAGUAUCCUUCUCGACCGUGUCCGCCACGACUCGUCGCUUAGCAGCCACGACAGUCGCGGACGCCCCGACUCGAUGGACCGCCUCCGCGGAAACUCAUUUGACGCCGGUCGCGGACUGUCUACCUCCGAGUCUGACCCUGAGCGCUGGAGACUUUCAUACGGUGGACGCUCUGACGAGCCGCCCGUCGCUGAGAUGCGUCCGCUGUCUGGUGCCCCGAAGGAGCUGUCCGAGUGGGAGCGCCGCCAGGCCGAAUUUGAAGAGUACAAGCAGCAGCGCCAGAUUGUCUCGCCACCCGCCCCCAAGCCUCAGCCGCUGCCCCAGGUCCCGACCGUUACUGCCGUGUCUGACAGUGUCGCGCGUGCUAUGAACCGCCGCACCAACGCCGACGGUACCAUGAGCACGCUGGUCACUGGUGCCAAGGAGAUGACCCCUGGACAGCAGUAUGGCGCCGACCUCUCCCGUGCCAUCUCGACCCAGGAGGCGGAGCGCCGUGCCGCCGCUGCAGCCGCUCUCGCCGCCCAGCGCCAGGCCCGUGAGCAGCGUGCGCGCCCGACCAAGUCAAUGACGACCGAGGAGCUCGCCGAACGGCACCGCGAGAUGCUGAAUCGGAUGCAGGACAAGGCGUCUGCGCCCAUCCGGGAGCAGAUGGCCCUCGCCGAGGCCAAGGAGCAGUACGAGCGGCAGCAGCGCAUCGACCGUGAACUGCAGCGGCGCAAGGAGGCUGAAGCCGCUGCCGGUGGGCAGAAGCUCCCCCGUGCCCAGCGCGGCGACACGGCCCGCGAGCCGUCCCUCGGCGACACGUUAACGAACCACCAGCCGCCGCGCCAGUCCGACCGCCAGAGCAGGAUGGAGGAGUGGCGUCGGAGUGUGCAGCCGGCGGUUGCGCCAGCAACCGCAGGCGCGAGCGGGGCCGCUGCCAAGGUGACCUCGCCGAAGGGCGCCGCUGCGGCACUGAAAACGUCGACAGCGGCCAAGCGUACUUCGGGCGGCACCGAGCGCCCCAGCGCGGACCGCCGCCGCUCGGCACGUAAAGACAUUGCGUAA